CCUGAACGAACAUUUGCAUGCCAAUCCCGAUCGUACAUUCGGUCAACUGCCCCUUGUUACUGCGUAUAGUUUAAUUUAUCUGCCUUGCAAACACAGCAAACAUCACUCACCAUAUCUCCGAUGGUCUCGCGAUAUCGGCUUCACAAACCACCAGUUGAUUGGACUAAGUAUAAUUGAUAAAUACAUCACCAUUAGCUCUGGGAAGUCCUCAAUUGGUACCAGACCUGGAACUGCCUCAGUUCCCCAGUUCCUUUCAGACACAAGUCACUCUUCGAGCCGUCCAACGAAAUGUCACUACCGCGCUCUAUCCUCCAAACCUUCCGUCUCAUCUCACAGCGCAAACCCUCUCCCCACCGUCUCUUCUCAACACCUCCUUCUCCCCCACCGCCCUCCGCAAAAGACGUCCGGUCGCGUCUACACAGACUGAAUGAUCGUCUUCCAGCUUCGGUCCGCCCCUAUACCACACCUCUCCUCGGAGCUCCCGCAACGCACAUCACAUCCUUCCUCAUCCUACACGAGAUCACCGCCGUUAUAAGUUUAUUCGGAUUGGUGGCUGCCUUUCAUUACAACAUUGGACUGCUCCCGGACAUGUCUUCCAACCAAUUGUUCGAAGAGCAGACACAGAAAUUUGGGCGUUGGCUGCGGAAGAAAGGAUGGGUUGAGGAGGUAGAUGUUGAUACAGUCGCGGAGGAGUAUGGAGGGGAUGGUGCACACCACCAUGGUGAGGUGGAGCGGUCAGCGUUGUCAGUCCAGGGGGAACGGGAGGGAGUGAGGUUGAUUUUGGAGUUUGCGACGGCCUAUCUUAUUACCAAGGCUUUGAUGCCGGUCCGGAUUGUGGUGAGUGUUUGGGCUACCCCGUGGUUUUCCAGGGCUGUGCUUUCUCCAUUGGGGAGGGGUGCCAGAGGGAUGUUUGGGAGAAGGUGAUGUGUAUAGUAUUAUAUGAUUUCAUAAUUUGUACAGAGUACUACUAGCGUGGCAUAUAGAUCAUGGGUAUGUUUUGUAUAUUUGUAUUUCUAGUUCUCAUGAGAUCUUGGAGUUUUAUAUCACCCGAGGUACUCUACAUCUCAACUCGUAGCGGAAUGCAGGCGCUCAGGCGCGACAUUGGCCGGAAUAAUUUAGGCCUUCUUGUAGAUCCAGUCGAACUGGGAGUGCUUCCACUGCUGGAGCUCGCUGGGGGAGAACCAGAGGGCAAUCUCCUUCUGGGCGUUCUCGACGGAGUCGGAACCGUGGCAGACGUUGCGGCCGACGUCCUAUU